AUGGAUUGGCUCCCUCACCGAACGGCUGCUUUUCUGUUCCUUUUGUUGGUACUCUUGGAUUUCAGCACAGGAUUUCAUGUAGAGGUAAAAGAAUGGGAUGAAAAUGGAAUGGCAAGAUGGAAAACCUUUAGAAGACAAAAACGUGAAUGGAUCAAAUUUGCUGCAGCUUGUAGAGAAGGAGAAGAUAAUUCCAAGAGGAAUCCAAUUGCCAGAAUCCGAUCUGAUUGUGAAGAAGACAAUCCAAUCACAUACAGCAUCUCUGGAGUUGGAAUUGAUCGUGCACCCUAUGGAAUAUUCGUUGUUAACCCGAGAACAGGAGAAAUUAAUAUAACAUCAAUAGUGGAUAGGGAAGUAACACCAGUAUUUGUUAUACGUUGCUUUGCUAAACACUCAGUGACGGGUGUAGAUUUGGAGCCACCUCUUGAACUUCGAGUCAGAGUCCUGGAUAUAAAUGAUAACCCUCCUGUAUUUGCACAAACUGUAUUUACCGGAUCUGUUGAAGAGAGCAGCAUGGACAACACAUUGGUGAUGAAAAUCAUUGCAACAGAUGCAGAUGAACCCAACCACUUGAAUUCUAAAAUUGCCUUCAAAAUAGAGAGUCAGGAACCUUCUGGUCCCCCCAUGUUCAUUAUGAAUAAAUAUACAGGAGAACUCCAUCUUGCAAAUUAUCUUGACAGAGAGCAACAUAGUAGCUACACUCUGGUUGUGAAGGCAUCAGACCGGGAUGGGGCUGCAGAUGGAAUAUCAUCCCUUUGUAGCUGCAACGUGAAAGUUAUCGAUGUUAAUGACAACUUUCCAACUCUUGCUCAAAGCUCUUUUUCAGCAAGCAUUUCAGAAAAUUCACUCAGUUCAGAACUGCUACGAAUACAAGCUCUGGAUGCUGAUGAAGAGUUUACAGACAAUUGGUUAGCAGAGUUUUUCUUUAUAUCCGGUAAUGAAGAUAACUGUUUUGAAAUUGUUACAGAUCGAGCUACAAAUCAAGGAAUCCUUAGAGUAAUUAAGGAACUGGACUUUGAACAUAUCCGAAGUCACUCACUGAUGAUUGGCGUGAGGAAUGUAGCUGCCUUCCACCACUCUGUUGCACAUGAGUACCAAAUAUUUGGAACACCCCUCACAGUAGAAGUAAAAAAUUUGAUUGAACCACCAAGAUUUCAUCCAUCUUCAGUUGUGUUUUCCCUGGCAGAAGGGGCAAGAGUGAAUUAUGUUGUAGGAACAUACACAGCCAUGGAUGAGGACACUAGAACUAUUGCAACUAAUGUUGUAUAUAGUAUAGGACGUGAUCCAGCUGCCUGGUUCAGAAUCAACCAAAACACUGGUGAAAUCACACUGAACAAAGUUAUUAACCGGGAUUCAGUCUACGUAGUCAAUGGGCAGUAUCAAGCAGAGGUUCUGGCUAUCACCAGAGGGGUUCCUCGAUAUACUGCUACUGGCACUGUUGUGCUUUCAAUAGAUGGCAUCAAUGCCAACUGCCCAACUAUUAACACUGAAAUGAGGAAAGUAUGUAUGCAUUCCCCAUCGGUGAUUAUCUCAGCAAAGCAUAGGGAUGGUAAUCUCUAUGCUACCCCCUUUACAUUCAGCAUACAUGGUGAACCUCAGACUACAUGGAUUAUCAGAAGAAUAAAUGAUUCAUCUGCGGAACUAGUGGGCCAGAACAUAGACUUUUACCUUUAUAGGAUCUAUGUGGUUGUAAGAGAUAGCCAAGGCCGGCGCUGUGCUAGACCACACAUAAUUCCUGUGCAAGCUUGCCAGUGUGACAGUCGGAAUUACUGCACCAGUGGGGCCACAAGAAUUAUCAUCAUCGGUGGUGGUGGCAGCUCUGGUGGUGGCACUACUGGUGAUGGUGGUGGUACUGGUGGAGGAGGCAGGGAAGACGGAGGACAACAAGGUGGUAAUGAUUAUGACGAGUUUAGACCUGGAGGAGAUUUUGAGGACCACACAGAGUGGCAGGGUUAUACUGAUGGCUACGAUGGAGGUGAGGAUGGAUAUACUUCCUCCAUUGAUGACGGCUACACUGGAAAUGAAAAUUACGGCAGACAACUGGAUUCAAAUACCACCCUUAGUGGUGCUGCCAUUGGCCUGAUGUUUCUCGGUGGAUUAAUAUUUGUUUUGAUUCCAAUUUUGAUGUCAAUGAGCGACUGUUGUGGCUGUGGACCUGGCGCUGCAGGUGGAGUUGGAACUGGAUUUGAACCUGUACCUGAAUGCACAGAAGGGGCAAUUCAUCCAUGGGGAAUAGAAGGUGCACAGCCUGAAGACAGGGAUGUCUCGCACAUUCUUGCCCCAACAACUGCUGCAGGAGGUGAUUUUGGUGAACCUUCUGAUAUAUAUAAUAACACAUAUGGAGGAGGAGGAGUGGUAGCUUCUGGUGUUGAAGAAACUACAGGUGUUGGCUAUGGCACUGGUACUGGCUACGGAACAGCUGGAGGAAUUUCUGGAACAGGGGAAGCAAAAGGGUCAAUUGGAGGAACCAUAAAAGAGUAUCGAGAAGGAGGAGUGAACAUGGCCUUCCUAGACAACUAUUUCUCUGAGAAAGCAUUUGUGUAUGCAGAUGAAGAUGAAGGUCGGCCGGCAAAUGACUGCCUAUUAAUUUAUGAUCAUGAAGGAGUAGGUACUCCUGUCGGCUCCGUGGGUUGCUGCAGCUUUAUUGGAGAAGAUACAGAUGAAACAUAUUUGGAUACAUUAGGACCAAAAUUUAAGACCCUAGCAGAGAUCUGUCUAGGCAAAGAGAUUGAACCUUUCCCUGAUGUCAACCCACCCUGGCCAGGCAUCAACAUUUCCUUCCCCAGCCCUGAAAGUGAUCUAAACCUGCCACCACCUGGCACCACCAUCGUUGUCAAUGGAAGUGCACCUAUGCCUCCUCCAGCUGGCACUACGACGGUUGUUACUGAAAACACCUACACGUCUGGGACAACCAUACAGCCCCCGAGGCCAAUGCCGGAUCCCUUGCUCCAUGGCAACAUGACGGUGACCGAGACCUACACCUCCGGCUCCCCCUCUCUUUGCGUUGACCCUCUGCGUGCAUCCAAUGUCGUCGUGACAGAGAGGGUUGUCGGGCCUGCGUCUGCCUCUGAUUUGCGUGGCAUGCUCGAUAUCCCCGAUCUCACAGAGGGCUCCAACGUUAUCGUCACGGAAAGAGUAAUCGCGCCUAACUCCCGACUCCCGGCAUCUCUGAGCAUUCCUGAUUUGGUAGAUGGGUCAAAUGUGGUAGUGACAGAAAGGGUGUUCAGGCCUGCCUCCGGCAUGCCGGGCAGCCUAAUAAAUAUUCCCUCAGAGUUAUCCAAUACCCACAACAUGGUGGUCACAGAGAGAGUAGUGUCAGGGUCUGGGAUGAGCAGCCUGGGAGCAACAAGCCUGGGAGGAGCAAAUCUGGGGGGCCUGAGCAGCACAAGUCAGAUGCUCAGUGCCGACUGUCAUCUUGGCCAGGGAAUGGGCACAGCAUCUCCAGGCACCUCCCGGAGACGAGUGACAAAGUACAGCAGCAUGCAGUACUCCAGUCAGUAA